AUGAGGAAAAAUGUUUUCAGGAAACUUGAAUCUAACUCAAAGGAUUGCUCAGGUUUAUCAGACGAUGGCAAAGCGCGGACAACUGUAUGUACUGAGGAUGAUUUACAAAACCUAAAGACUUCACUGAAGACUGUAUUUUAUGAACAUGUAUACAGCGUUAACAAAGGUUCUCCACGCACUGAUCAUGCUGCUUAUUUAUUAGUAAGUAAAUUUGAUGACUUCAACCUAUGCGCUGGCUUAAUUAAGAGCAGCGAGUGCAAUAAAAUGUCAAUAGAUGAAAUCGGAGGCUUAAAGGAUAACAGCCGGCAAACAGUAUCAAAUGGUGGGUUAGAAUCGAUUCCUCAAAAGAAAAUUAAAACAGAAUCUAAAAGUUUGGUCAAAAAUAAUCAAUUAGAAAACAAGACAGCUGCAAUUGCCACUGAAAAUUUGAAAUCCAAAAUUAAAACAGAAGUGGUUUCUCCAACCAAAGACCUUAACAACAAACAAAAUAAUAACCACAAAACUCAAAAAGGAAUAGCUGGAUUUUUCAGUAAAUCUAAUAACACUGUUAAUAAAAAACUCACAAAAGAACCUGAACAAAAAUUAAAGACAAUAGUAAAAGAAAACAUUCAACUUAAAGAUGAAAAAAUGGAAAUGGAUGUUGAAAAUCAAAUACUCAAGACUAAAAUAUCUGAUAAAGAGGAAUCCAUCUCUAAAAAGAAAAAUAAAGUUCUUACUCAAACCAAGAAACCUACAGCCAAUGGUAGGAAAAGAAAAAGAGUAUUGCAUGUUUCAGAUAGUGAUAGUGAUCAGGAGGCUGACCCCUUUGCAGUCAAAGAAGAAAUCAAAAGUGAAUCUGAUGAUGAGAUUCCUCCAACCCCAUCUGCUAACAGUAUAAAAAUAACAUCAGGCAUUGUUAAUCCUAAGAAAAGAAGAAAAGUUGUAGAUAAGACAUAUAUGGAUGAAGAGGGGUACAUACAUACUGUCAAAGAAGAGAUUUAUGAAAGUUAUUCUGAAAAUGAGGAUGAUAAAAAUGUCAAACAGAUUGUUAAAGAAAUUAAAGUAGAGAAGAAAGAAAUAUCACCAAAAGAUAAGAAAAAUGAUGUAAUAAUGACUAAGAAGAAAAUAUCCCCUCAACAAAAAGGCAAACAAGCUACACUUGCCCAAUUUUUCAAGAAGAAGUAGAAGUUAUAUAUUUUGUCCAAUAUUUAAUCAUGAACUUGUUAUGAUAUACUAAUGUCAAAUUAAGAGUAUUUUGUUAUUUUCUCUUCCUAAUAAUAUUAAAAAAAUAAUCUUAUAAAAAUAUCUUAUUAAUUACCUAUAUAUAUAUAAUGCUUUAAAAAAAAAUGAUAUCAUAACAAAUAGUGAUAUAUUUACCAAAUUAAAAAACAAAGUUUAUUAAGAUGCAAAUCUUCUGACUGUUUGAUAUGGCAGAAUAAUACAUUCUUCUCUAAGACUUAAAUGUUGUAUAUAUUAUAUUUUCUCGUUACUCUCUGUUUCACUCUGUGGAACCAGCUUUUGCCGACGGUUUUUACGAACUAUUAGUAAUUUUUUAUUCUGACAACAUAACAUGUUUUCAA